AUGAAUGACAAUAAAUUCUAUGGCUUGACUGAGUAUUGGGUCUCGAACGCGCGCAAGUUCUGCGAGUACUGCCGCGUCUGGUUUGCCGACAAUAAGGCGAGCAUCCAAAUCCACGAGCGCGGAAAGACGCAUCAGGAGAACGUGCAGAAACACAUUGACGAUGUCAAGAAGCGCGGCGGACUGCAGCGCAAGGCAGACGAGAAGCUCAAGGAGCAGAUGGCCGCCAUUGAGCGCGCAGCCGCUGAGGCAGCCCAGCGAGACUUGGCGGCCAAUCCUCACCUCAAGAAGGACUCGACGGUUAAGAAGAGUGCGAAAAGUAUAGCAGCAGCUGCUGCAGCGACGGCGGGCAGUAGUAACAACAGCACUAGUGGUGGAGCAUCGGCUCCGGCGCCGAGCAAACCACCAAGCGCACCAAAGCUUGGCGCUUCUGCCAACGCAGGAUUUGCCGCCGCUGCAUCUGCCGCAGACAAGGCUGCUGCAGGAUUGAAGCAUUCGGAUGCCGCUGCGACAGCAACCCCUCAAGCCUCGACAGCUGAUUCUGCAACUGCGGAGGCUCCAGCAACGACCUAUGCUGCUGAAGGAGGCGUCGAGCUCACUGAACAACAAAUGGCUGAUUACUACAACUAUUACUACUAUGGCUUUUACGGACAGUACCAGACUGCUGAACAAUCUGGAGAGGGCGCAGAGCAGGCAACCACCGACCCAGCGUCUGUACCCAGCGAGUCAACCGAUUCCACCAGUGUCACAAACGAUAAGGGUGGCGCACUGACAAGCUCUGCACCGCAGGUUGAUGCCACGACAGAGAGCACAACAGCAGGAGACCAGCCAGCCACGGAGGCAGCAGCACCUGCGGUAGUCGAAAAGUUUAGUCCGUAUGGUGCAUGGCAGCGCGUCGAACGCCCUCCAGAACCCGUACCCGUUGUAAAAUCUGAAUCCGAGAAAGGCGACGCUCCCGAACCAGACGGCUCCAACGGCACGGUGAAAGCCCGACGUGUGGGUCACUUUUCGACCCAGUUCGCCGCCGAGAGCGAUGAAGAGGACGAGCACAAGAUUACCUUUGGUGAGCGAACAACGCAAUCUGUCGAGGAUGCAACCGGUGUAGCGGCAACCUCUGGCGACAAGGUUGUCUUCAAGAAGCGGCGCGCUCCUGCUGGAGCGGAAGCUGCUGCUCGCAAACGGCCCGCAACCGAGACUCGAUGAGAUGUUAACGAUGUUGUUGUUUUUUCUUCUGCGC